CAGUGAGAGAGGGGGAGAUCCAAGACUGUGUGAGCGAUUAGAGGUUAAGGUAAUCCGACCCAUCCAGUGAUCAGCAAGCUGGUAGAGGAGGAGUCUCACACAGGGAGGAGAAAGACUGACAGGGACCAAAGGGGAGUUCUCCAUGAGCACACCCCUACAAACAUGCACACACACACACACACACAACUCCUGCUCUCACACAUCGCUUUACACACAGGCAGGGAUCUUACGCACGAAGGACUACGCAUGAGACGACAUCAAAACCAGGAUCUGGACAGCCUGUAAGCUUCACAUGGCACAUGAUCUGGAAUCCUAAAGACGGACAGGAAUCACCUGAACCCAGACUGCAGGCUCAUUUCCAAACUGAUUUCCAUUGCAAAGCCACAAUCUACUAGUCUUGGACUUGCGUAACCAACUAUGUCAAAGGAUGAAGAAAUUCCGAGCCCACCUCCAGAGUGGCCGGAAGAAAUGUGAAUGUAAACAUAUAUCGGAAAAGCCUGGAGGAGAAGUCAUCAUGAGAAGGAACAUCUAGGACACUGGUAGAGUACUUAAUAUUCGUAUAAACCAACCCACAGAAGGCGCUCGUUGUUGACUGAUUACAUGGAUAUACGGUGUGGAUGGACUAGCACCUCCAUGAGGGAUUUACCCUCCCCUCCUGCUGCCUGAGGUCAACCCAACACAACGCCACCUUGAUAAGUCUGGCUUAGCAGGCCACUUGAGUUUCAAUGCUCCACGCUGCUCUAAGAUGAGGGUAUGGAAAGAGGUCACCCUCGCCUUCAUCCUGUUUGGUGCCUCGUUUUUCCUCCUGCUUAUGAAAACCACAUCACCUGUCGGGUCCUCAGACCCUUCCUCAAACCCACCAGCCACAGCACUUGAACCGCCACAAUCAUCCUCAUCUUCACUUUCAUCAACCUCAGCGAGGAAGCCAGCGCCGCGCCGAGCGGUCAGAGCCACGGAGGACAUGGGCUUUCUUCUCUCCGAAUUCUCGUACCUCUUCCAAAGUUUCACUGAGGGCGAGCUGAAGAAGGUGAUUGCGACCCUGGUGGACCGCAAGGAGAGGAGGAUCAGAGCCGAGACGGGACGGAGAGCCAAACGAGCACAGAAGGGCCCGAAGCCGUGCUCUCUACACGAGAUCGAGCUCACGGUGAGCGAGCUGGGGCUCGGGUACGAGAGCGACGAGACGGUGCGCUUCAGGUACUGCAGCGGGAAGUGCAUCCACGAACGACGCAACUAUGACAUUGUAAUGGAGCACAUGCAGUUAUAUAACGGCUCCAGUGAGAAAGGCAGGCGAGGACGGGAUAAUGGGAAAAAAGACAAGGCACGCUACGCUCCAUGUUGUCGCCCUACGAAGUUUGAGAGGAAAAUGUCUUUCUUUGACAACAAGGACAAAUUCUACACCAUCCAUAACGUCUCUGCGAGAGCAUGCGGUUGCGUAUGACAUUCCGGUAACUAUGGAGAUGUCAGGAAGAAUGUCUAUACACUACCAUGGCAACAGAGAACGUUUCAGAAUUCCGUGGUAACCAUAGGAGCUUUGGAACACGCAGAAACCAUGGAACUAUUCGAGAACGUAUAGGGCAAAUUGCAAUUUCGAAAAAGAUGCUGAGAGGGACCCACAAUGCCACCAUGGAAAGAGUGAAAGCUACAGAAAAGUAGUACACAAAACACAAAAGACAAGGCCUAUAUUGUCUAAAUCCUAGGCAAAUAUGGGAAAAAGUUUUGUUUUUUGCCUUUUCAGUGGUUACUGGCACUUUUGAUUAGCACAGGGCACUGGACUUUAACCAAAGGUGGAUCGCUGGUUUAAUUCGAUGGGACCAAAAGCUGGCGGGAGACUCCUUUCGCCUUCCACUGGAAACUUCUGCAGAAGAACAAGUACAGAUAUAGUAGUAUUUAACCAAAGAUAUAAAUAUAUAUAUUUACGUAGAGGGCAACAGCAACAACUGUAUGCUGCUCGCUUUUGUUACCAAUCUGAAUACUGAAGUAUGAAGUGCAACGCAGCUGUGAAAACUACCUCAUUUCUUUCUUUGUUUCUUUAUUGUUUGUUACAUUAGAAGAAUGUACAUGCAAUGAAUCUUGUUCUACCGCACCCACUUCCUGGGAUUACGCUAGUCAGAAAUAUGAAUCAGAGGUAUACAAGUAGAGAAAUGCUUCUCGACCAAAAGUCUCCUCGGAUGGAUAUUGUCUAAAACAACACUGUCACUUGAAACGUAUAUGCACACAAUAUCAAACCCCUGGAUUUGACCUUAAAGCCUUGCCAAGGCAUGUCUGAUCAAAUCCAAGUUUCUCCUGUCCUUGCGACAAAUCAUACCCAGAUAUUUAAGUUUAAUAGGAAUAGGCUGCCCAAUUCCAAAGACCAAUAGGGAAAAGUACACCUUCAAAAGUUUUCGUCCUUCAAAGACCUUAAAAGUUCAUUUUUCUCAAGCCCACAUUCAUGUUUACAGUCUUUUAGACAAUGAUACUCAAGACACAUUGCUUUUGGAAAGUAAUUCCAGGUUUAGUCCUUCUCAACAGCAAACAUUAAUAUUUAUUAUCCUUGGACACAUUUAUGGACAAGUAUUUAUAAAAUUUAUUAACACAGAUGGAAUAUUAUACUCCUAAUAAUAAAGGUUCUUCAAUGGUUGUUUGAAGCACUUUCCAUUAAACAAAGAUCUGUCCUCAUAAGAACCAUUUUCUGCUGUACAAGUGCAUCAAAAAUUCAUUAAAUUCUUUAGAUUCUUUAGAUCAGCGUAUUGGUUUUUGGAUUCUAAAGCAAUAGUAAAUAGGGAUAAAUCUCACAAAACCUGUCAAGAAGAUGGGUAAUUUCAUCUUAAAAUCAAAUGAAAGAGAUCACCAAUAUAAUUUGCAUAAAGAAAAUUAUGUCAAAAACUUUGAUAUGUUUGUGGCAAUUCAUUGCACUAAUUCUCACUAUAGUAAGGUAAAAAAGAACAUUUAUGAAAAGAAAAUACUUUAAUUGUGAACUAUUUGAUAGCAUGUUUUACCAGCAUUAAUUUAUGUUGAUUAAAAAAAAUAAACAAAUAAAGUAAUGAAUUUGCUGUUCAAAAUGUGCAUAAGUGCU